AUGGCCCCAACCCCCUUUAGCCGAUUUCUGGCCAAGAUCCUCUUCAUCGACCUUGACUAUCGAAAGGAAGAUCCCCUAGUAAACUCAGGCGCCGAUUCAGUUCCUUUUGUGGAGACCUAUUUUGAGAGGGAGCCUACAGCGAGAGAGUGGCUUUCGCGUUUCCUUCCCACCAAAGCUGGGUCUCAACGAUACAUCAUAUCUUUGUUCCCCUUCUGGAAGUGGAUCUUCCACUACAAUUUGACAUGGCUUUUGGGCGAUAUCAUUGCAGGUGUAACUGUCGGCUUCGUUGUGAUCCCGCAAGGAAUGGCAUACGCGCUUCUAGCUAAACUCCCCCCGGAAUAUGGACUGUAUACUUCGUUCGUCGGUUUCUUGCUUUACUGGGCUUUUGCAACUUCAAAAGAUAUUACAAUUGGGACAGUCGCAGUUAUGAGCACCAUCGUUGGGAAUAUUGUCAUCAAAGUUCAAGACCAGGACCCAGAUAUCCCAGCCGAACAAAUUGCUAGAGCUCUAUCCGUCAUCGCCGGUGCAGUCCUCCUUUUCAUCGGUCUAAUGAGAUGGGGCUGGAUCGUCGAGUUCAUUCCUCUGGUCGCCAUCACAUCCUUCAUGACCGGCGCCGCCAUCAGUAUCGCUGCGGGCCAGGUUCCAAAUCUGCUUGGAAUUUCAGGCAUCAACGCUCGAGAAGCUACGUACAAAGUUAUCAUUAACACUCUGAAAGCUCUCCCAACUACUAAGCUGGACGCCGCAAUGGGGUUGACCGCCCUGUUCCUGCUCUACGCAAUUCGCAUUUUCUGCAGUUGGAUGACCAAGCUGCAGCCUCAGCGAAAGAAGUUCUGGUUCUUCCUGUCGACUCUUCGAAUGGCUUUCGUGAUCCUUCUUUACAUCUUGAUCAGCUGGCUCGCCAAUAGACACGUCAAAGGGAACGCUAAGAAGGCGAAGUUCAAGAUUCUGGGAAAAGUUCCGAGAGGCUUCCAGCAUGCCGGCGCACCUGUAAUCACUACUCAUGUGCUCUCGCUGAUUGCACCUGACAUUCCCGUCACCAUCAUUGUGCUAAUUCUCGAGCACAUCGCCAUUUCCAAGUCCUUUGGUCGCAUCAACAACUACGUCAUCAACCCAUCCCAGGAGCUCGUGGCCGUGGGGUUCACAAACAUUCUCGGCCCCUUCCUCGGCGCAUAUCCUGCAACCGGGUCCUUCUCGCGUACAGCGAUCAAAUCGAAAGCCGGAGUGCGCACACCUCUUGCCGGUCUCUUCACUGCCGCUAUUGUGCUACUGGCAAUCUACGCAUUGACCAGUGUCUUCUUCUACAUCCCAAGCAGUAGUCUAGCGGGCUUGAUUAUUCAUGCUGUUGGCGAUUUGAUCACACCGCCAAAGGUUGUUUACCAAUUCUGGGAAACGUCUCCAUUGGAAGUUGUUAUCUUCUUCGCAGGUGUCUUGCUCACCAUCUUCACCAACAUCGAGAACGGGAUAUACCUCACGAUUUGCGCAUCCGCUGCACUCCUCCUCUACCGCCUGGCUAAGACAAAGGGUACUUUCCUUGGAAAGGUCAAUAUCUAUCCGGCAAGCGCCGAUGCAGUCUAUCGAAGGGAUGGCGGGGUAUCAGAGUCGCAGGGCCCUAUAGGAGAGACCACCAACAUCGUUCGGGAAGUGUAUUUGCCCGUCACGCACCAAGAUGGCUCCAACCCACAGAUCGCAGUGCAGAGCCCCUACCCUGGCAUCUUCGUCUAUCGUUACAGUGAAGGCUUCACGUACAUCAACCAGGCUCAAUACCUCGAUGCACUUACCGCCCACAUCCAAGCUUCGGCAAGACCUACCAAGUUAGCCAGACAUGAUAAAAUUGGUGAUCGUCCCUGGAACGACCCUGGCCCCCGCCGUGGCAAGCCCAUCAACCUCAAUGAUGAUAGACCUUUCCUUCGCGCCGUGGUUCUCGAUUUCUCCUCUGUCAACAACGUCGACACGACCUCUGUUCAAGGUCUCGUCGACGUUCGUAACCAGCUAGACCGCUACGCCGCUCCCGAGGAGGUUGAAUGGCACUUCGCAUCCAUCACGAACCGGUGGACCAAGCGCGCUCUCACUGCCGCCGGCUUCGGGUAUCUCUCCACUGAUCGUAGCCGAAACCGGGCCCCCUGGAAUCCUGUAUACAGCUUCGCUGCGAUCGGUGACACUGCGGUGAGGUCUAGUGAUCCGAAGUUGAGAGAUGAGGAACAUGGCGGAGACGAGAUCCAAAGCGCAGUUCCGGGCGUAGGAAGGGGAGAGAAGAGCUUCCCGGAGAAAGUUACGACUGUCCUCGGGAAGAAUCGCCCCUUCUUCCAUAUAGAUGUUGUGGCAGCUGUUGAUAGUGCGAUUGCGGCAGCAGAGUCGAGACUGGCAACUACGAGCUCGGUGAGCAGUGCAGAGAAGGUUGCUAUUCAGGCAGAGUUGAAGGCUUAA